AUGGAAGAUAGUAAUAAUAAUAAUAAUAACAAUAGUAGUAAUACUACUACUACAACCACGAAUACUAAUAUAGAGCAACCAUCUUCACCACCAACAAACACGAGUUCUGAUACAAACAUUAAUACACCAUCAUCAUCAUCAUCAACCACCGAACCUACAAAAAGAGAUUCAAUUAUUAUAUAUUUUAAGAAUGCAGGUAGUGCACCAGCUUUAAAACAAAAGAAAUUUAAAUUACAAGCAACGUUAUCUUUUCAACAUGUAAUCGAUAAUCUUAGGAAACAACUUAAAAUGAAACCAAAUGAACCAUUGUUUUGUUUUGUAAAUCAAGUCUUUCAACCUUCUCCUGAUGAAUGUUUAAGUGAAUUAUUUAAAUGUUUUAGUCAUAACGAUCAAUUAGUUGUAAAUUAUUCAAACGCUCCUGCUUGGGGAUAA